GCGGAGCGAGCCACCAUGCCCGAAGCGUGGCGAGCGAAGCGAGCCCGCGAGGGUACUUUUCGGGUACCUUGUUCGGCCGCAGCUCCUCCCCCUGGUGACGGGUCUCCUCCCUUAGGAAGUAGUGGCAGAAUGUCGGCUCCUCUAGCGCCCAGGGAGGCCGGCAAGUUCAUCACCGAGAACAGCAAGGAUGUGUUUGUGGAGCCGCAGGGUGUGAGCUCUCUGGCCAAGAAGCUGUUUGAGAAGAUCGGACGGAAAGAGAUCAGCCUGGCGGGAUGGAAAUCUCUCCAUGAACUGAACCCACAGAGCUCCGGGGAAGACGCCGUCAACUGGGUGUUCUUUGCCGACACCUUAAACUUCUCCUUCUGGUCUGAAGAUGAAAAUAAGAAGUUCUUAGUCAACUACAAAGGCAAAGAGUACAGCGGCUAUUGGUCUCUCUGUGCUGCGAUGAACAGAGCCUUGGAUGAAGGCAUACCCCUCACCACUGCGUCUUACUAUUCCAACAUCACCAUGGACCAGCUGAAGCAUGUAAUGCGCAGUGAUUCCGAUUUUCCCAUACCCAUGAUUGAGGAACGUCUGGAGAUCCUUCACCAGACCGGAAAGAUUCUCAUAGAAAAGUUUGGGGGCUCGUUCCUGAACUGCGUGAAGAUGAGCGAGAAAAGUGCCGUGAAGCUGAUGCAGCUGGUGGUGGAGAAUUUCCCUUCCUAUAGAGACGAAGGGGUCUUUCAGGGUCAGAAGGUGGCCUUCUACAAGCGGGCUCAGAUCCUGGUAGGAGACACCUGGGGAGUACUGGAAGGAACCAGUGAUGGCUGUUUCUCUGACAUCCACAAUAUAACCAUGUUUGCCGACUACAGGAUUCCUCAGGCCCUGGUGCAUUUCGGAGCAAUGCGAUAUUCUAAAGAGCUGUUGAAAAAGCUGAAAGAAGGGUGGCUUUUCAAGAACGGAGAUCGAGAGGAGAUGGAAAUCCGCGGUUGUUCAAUUUGGGCGGUGGAGCUGAUCUGCGAGCGCCUGCGGGAAUUGUUCCAGGAGAAAGGAGAGAAAAUGAGCAAUGAGAUCAACCCAGUCCUGAUCGACCACUUCCUCUGGGAUUAUGCCCGGGACUACAGGGAGGAGAUAAAAGUGGUUCCUUUCCACAGGGUCCGCUGUAUAUACUACUAAACGGCUUCCGACAGAAGCGUCCAAAUCAUUUCAGCUCUUAAUCCGGUUCCAGGCUUGAAUUGGGUCUUUGUACUGCCCUUCUCAGUGUUUUGUAAUUGCAGUUUAAUUUUGUAAUAAAACAUAGCUAAAUACUUUACAA